CUAAUUUUAAAGCCAGAAAGGGAAGGAAGCAUGACAGAAACGUUUCCGCCGUAGAAAACACUGCAGAGAUGGGGAGAAAAAGCUCAGUGUUAGUCAGUCUGCUUACUCUGAGCCAGUGUGGAGCCUGAAGACCACUCCAUGGUGGAACAAUGGCCAACAACGAAACACAUCCUUUUUUGGAAAUAUUAAGUUCAUUUAAUCUAGGUGAUAUGCUUCUAGCUUUCUGUUUAUCCAUGCUCGUGGGCCUGCUGCUGGGUGCUUUGGUGUACGUUCUGCUGACCUGGGCAUCCAGGCGUCAGGCCACUGCCAAGAUCACCAGACGUUCGAAAAAGAAAACACGCACCUCACAAACAAACAACCCCAUGAGUGGCCUAUACAGGAGCACAUUCCUCAGCGUCUACAGACAGCCCUCUCUGGAGCCAGUGGGUCCUCUGGGAAGCAUACCCAGUCCAGACACUUCAACCUUUAGGCCGCGGCCCAAGAGGAGCAGGGCUGGCGUGGAGAUGAGCGAGGAUACCCAGCUGGACAUGACCGAGGACACAGCAGUUUCUAACUUAUUGGAUUCAGCGACACUGGUGCCCAACAAGAGACACUCCUUCUGGUUGGGGGGCAACGGACUUAAAGGAUUCCUCCCCUCACAGACGCCUCCUCCUGCAUACGACAGUGUCAUCCAUGCGUUUGAAGAGACUUGCACUUGAAACUGUCAACAAAUGACAAAGAAGAACAUUGUGGGAUUACAACACACUCUCUAUUUGAUUAAUUUCAAGAGUAAUUUCCUUUAGUGUUUGGUAGAGUCCGUCUUUAGAAGGAUGUAACCUACUACAAGCACAGGUGGAUGCUUUUCAUUAGUGACAAUUAAAAAAAAUCAUUCCUAAUGUAAACUAUUAAAUAAUGGAAAUCUAUUCAGUACCAUUGGUUUUCAUCUGGCCUUCAUUUAACAAGGUCCAGGCUCUGAUGAUGGAACAAAUGUAUUUAAAAUACAUAUUUGUUAAAUUGAAAAUGAUGAGGGAACUAUAGCAUCACAACACUUUUUAAGAUCAACCAAUUGUCAGAAUCAUAAUUUAAAUUUUAAAAUGAACAUUGUGAUUUUUUGGUGGACCAAACCUUGGUGGUGAAAGGAAGCUUGGAAUAACAGAUAUGGUGUAAAAUACAGUGUUUCUAGAUGUAAUUAUCUAACAACACAAUAAAAUAAAAUAUUAUUUGAUUCUC